AUGCAACCGCAUGAGGACUUCCCAUCCGGGACGCGGACACUUUACCUGCACAACCACCAUAGGGAUCCAUUCGGCUUUCUUGCAAAUGGACCCAAUUUUGUUCGCGGAAUUCCAGGAUUUUCUUUGUCUCAAACAGAACCUACCCAGGGCAAUCACAGUGGACAAUUCUGGAAUGGUGAAGGCCAACAGUACUUGCACCAAGAUCCUAUCUCACCCAAUGGAGUCCAGCAUGGAUUUUCUGAUUCUUUUUCUUUCCAUGACUCCGAGGAGAACUUGACCGGUCAUAAUGUUGGCCGAGGGUCAGUUUCAGGCUCAACCAGAGGCCCAUGGAACAAUGAACUUUCUACUGCUCAUUUAGAGUCGGUAGAAAUGUCGCGCUUCCCAUCUCAGGAUUCCAUCGGAGCUCACUCCCAGAGGACAACUAACUCAUAUGAUCAGAGCCGAUCUACGAGGAUGUACCCCAAUGUCAACCAGAUGACAUUCAAUAUGCCGUCUGCUAGAUCAGACAUAACAGGCAGGUCAAACAGCCCUGUGAAUUCUGCUUUGUAUACCCCAACGCAACCUACGGAUCUCCACGGAUUCAGCACCUAUCCGUACCCAGGAGAAGAUAUGUCAGGUGCCAACCCAAUGUUUCACCGGAACUCCAAUGCUAGUAUUGCACACCCCAUGAAUGUUUCAUUAUCCACAGGACCAUACAACAUGUAUGCCACAUCAGGAGAAGAGGCCUUUGUGUCCUUGACGGCAGAAUCCGAUAUUCUUGGCGCCCAAGGUCCAGACGGAGGCUCAAUGAUGUACAACCCCGGUGCUAUCAUGGAGUCUCCUACUCUGUGGGACAAUGCCGAUUACAUGGAUGAAUCACGAAGAUCCUCGCCAGUCAUAUUCGAGGAACAAUGGUCACUGCCUCCGGCACAGAUCACAGCAUCAGCAACAAACAGCCCUCUAGACUACUCCCCCAGUCUUGAAGGCAUUUCUCCUAGGUAUGUUGAGGACUUUCCAGAUUUGGUGGAACUGCCCCCUUACACAACGACUGGUGAUAGGGUAAUGAGGAAGCCCAUUGGACCAAGGCCAUCCAAAGUUGCGAGUGACUUGGCAGCCGCCUCCAGGCGUCAACGUCUUCCUGGUACUUCCGAAACCUCUGAUGAAUCCUUGAAACUUGUUGGCCGCUCCAGCCUCGAUGUGGACAAUACUGCCAGGGACCAUCACCUCUACCACAAUGUGACACCCCAAGCCGAUGGACUUUACCACUGCCCGUGGGAGAAGGACCCCAAUUCCAACUGCCAACACAAGCCGGAAAAGCUCAAGUGCAAUUACGAUAAAUUCGUGGAUUCCCACCUGAAGCCCUACAAGUGCAAGAUCCAUACCUGCAAGGAACUCCAGUUCUCGUCCACGGCCUGCCUGCUCCGCCACGAGCGUGAAGCUCACGCCAUGCACGGACAUGGAGACAAGCCCUUCCUGUGCAGUUACGACGGCUGCGAGCGAGGUGUCCAAGGAAAUGGCUUCCCGCGCCACUGGAACCUGCGUGACCACAUGAAGCGUGUGCACAACGACCCAGGACACCCCAAGAGCAAUGCCUCCGGCUCCCCUCCCCCUUCUGCGCCCGCGCCCAAGAGCAAGAAGCGUAAGGCAGGUGACAGUAACCCAGACUCUCCAUUUGUUGAAAAGGCCACAAAGAGGAUUGCCACACCUCCGGUUGUGAUGCGUCAGCCACAGACACAGGAGCCAAGCCUUCUUGAGCGUUACCAUGAGAAGCAGCGCCUCUUGCUUAGCAUCGGGAAGCAGCUUGCGGAUCCAAAGCAUGCUGAUAAUAUGAAAUUGCUCCGCGAGGCAAAUGAUUGUAUCAAGGUAAUGGUCCAGACCACCCAACGGAUAAAUGCCGCCCCAGCCAUGGCCCGAAACUUCAGUCAACAAUCAUCCGGCUGA